AUGUCAAACGAUAUUUCGACACUCGAUUUUGUAGAUAAGGCCACAAAAACCCGAAGUGUAUUAACGAACUGCCCUCCCAAGCGUGUGAGAAAGGAGAAAAAAUGUGGGAGAGUGAGGAGAGCACUUAAAGCCAUUGAUGAUUUGGUACCAAUACGAGAUUGUAAUGAAGUCGUUAAUAAAUUGCGACGAUUUGGUACCAAUACGAGAUUGUAA